CGGGGGGAAAGGGAUGACCUCCAUGGAUUUAAAAUUAUCUCGCAGCCGCCGCGGCCCGACCGACUUUUUGGCAGGAACCACCGCGGAACGGAAGCGCUCGCCCGAACAAACGCGCGCGCCUCUCCGCCCUGCGUGGCGUUUUUUGUCGUCGAUUCUGCGAGAUGUCGUUGAUGCCUGAGCCCGCUGAUGACUUGCGUCGUUGAUGUUGGUUGGUCGUUCGCCCGCACUGAAACUGCAGCGACCGUCGAAGGAGGGUCACUGCAGUUAGCGACCGCCUUGCUUCUGUACCUCACCCGGACGAUCCUCCUGCUGCUAUCGACGCUUGCAGAAUCUUGUGCUCGUGUGUCGCAAACCAGGUUGCGGUGGCGCUUCUCACCAGUCUGUUUCAAGUGUUUUCAAGAACCGUACGCCACAAUGGAUGCAGUAUGGUCACCUAUCGCUCGUAUUUACGACCCCCUGAAGGCUGGCAGCAUCGAUGGGACAGACGUCAAACCUCACGACCACGGCAUCGUCCGUGCAAUGGAAGCUACCUAUAAAACUAACAAGUACGUCAAAACUGACCCACGCUUGACAAUCUUUGUAUCUCGGCUGUGUCCAACUACAACUGAGGACACCAUCAAAGAGUUCUUUACUCAUUAUGGAGACGUGAAGAGCUGUCACUUGAUCAGGGAUGUCGUCACCGGAUUCUCCAAACGCUACGCUUUUGUUGAGUUCUACGAUGCGAGGGACGCCCUGGCUGCAAGCAGCGCAAACAAUAUGCUCAUCGACGAUUGUAAAGUCUUUGUAGACUUUGAAAAAGAGAGAAUGCUACCCGGUUGGAUACCCCGUCGGCUCGGUGGCGGCUUUGGAGGAAAGAAAGAGUCGGGACAGCUGAGGUUCGGUGGCCUCGACCGUCCUUUCAAAAAGCCCAUCAUCCUCGGUUCCAAAGGUGGAGCUUACUCAUCGGAGGCAUUUAACGAUAGAAGUCGCCAGUUCCCACAUCGCCGCGAAGGCCGUUACUUGGCAUCCGACCACAGGGCGAGGGAUCAUGACAGGAGAGACAGUUUUAUCCGCGAGAAAAAAUUGAGCUAUGAACGGUCACGUGACCGCCACCACGAAGGGGAUCACAGAAGUGACCGCUCUGAGAAGUCCUACGGUCGACCCUAUGAGAGCAGCAGUGACCAUCGGAGGAAGCACGAAGGCCACUCUGGCUGGAAACACCGGGACGAACACGAGAACAGAGAGCGCAGAAGUCGCAGAGAAACCUAAAAGGAUGCUGUAUGGAGAGUGUUGAGGCCGUAAGAUGCCCCAACAAAGAAGCUGAGGGCCCUGCCAAAAGAAGCUUUCUCUGACUGCUUCCAAGACUACAUAAAGCAUCGGAAGCUGUGUAUAAACUGAAAGACAGACUACUUCGAAGAGGUGCUGCACAAGAGAUUUCAAUCUAGAUCUUUUUUUCAUGGACUCAUUCUCAGAACUUUACAAACAAAAGUUGUGUUUCAGAGGCAGCAACUGGGAAUACUGUAGUAGGUGAGGACAACAUUGUGUGCAUAACAAAGAAGCUUUUGCAAAGUACAAAGUGAAAGCUAAUGUCUGCAAAAGUAAGACUAAGCAAACACAUGCGCAAAGAAAAAUUUGGUGUUGAGCAAAGUUGCCCUAUAACUAAUUACCAUUCUUAGAAGGUGAAGAUGCUUAAUAAUAUCUACCCUCAGAGUUGCAAGAUAAUGGCCAUGUAGUUCUACUGGUGUGAACAGUGAUGUAGAAGAUAGGAAAACCAAAAGUUAAUAAGCGAUAGCAGGCGUGAUGGUUUGUUGGCUUGCAAGAAAGAUAACAGGGUGUAAAGAAUGCCGUAAAUGUUGAUUUAGUGAAAAAAUUGUUUGAAGCAGAUCUUAGCUGCAACUGACAAAUCGCUUUCAUCAAAGUAUGUCAAUAUUUGUUCUGUGCCCAUGGAUGACUUAUUCAUCAAAUGCGAGGGAAGAGAGCUCAUCUGUUGGCAAUUUGAAAUCGCCCAAGAAAGUGAAGGGACUUGCAGUCGAAUCACAGUAAAUCAAAAAUUCUAUGCUCCAUACACUUUUGUUUGAAUUAUCUAAAGUCGUAUAUGUCACAGUCCAAAAUAGUUAAGGUUAACUGCACAUACAGGUAUGUACACAUACUGUCAAACCUGUUUAUAAUGAUCACAUGUUACACAAAAAUACCUUUGCUAUAUCUGAUAUUUGUUAUAAGCAUAUAUUCAUUACAUACUGAUGAUGGAACAUCUUAUUUGUUAUAUCUGAUAAUUUGUUGCAUCCAUGAUAGUUGUAUUGAGCUUCAACAUUCGUAACCUUGGAACAAGCUUUGCAAGUAUACAAACAAAACAUGGUCGCUUGCUGAGCAAUUGGUUCAGUGGCACCAUUUCUAAGUAGCUUCCCUUUGCGGGAAUAUACUUUGACGUAACCAAGUGGCUCCAAACAUUCCAGCAACCUAUUUACACACAACUUAGGCAUGAUGUGUGUACAGCGCUCGGCAAUUGAAACACGAUACUCUGACAGCGUGGCGGGUGGCGCUUUUUGCGCCAUCGGUGACUGAUGAGUGAUCACUGAGGAGGUUGAAUGCAGUUACGAUGCAUCAAACAAAUUCUCACUUUCAUGUGACACAAAAAUGCAUCAUCUCAGUGUCACCAGCACCCACCAGUGGCGAAAGUACCAGCCGCCAUGUUGUCCGUGCAUCGCGUUUCAGUCGCUGAGCGUUGUACAUAAGGUCGCUCGCAUGAGCUGCCUCCUUUAACAUAAGGAAUGUACGAGAGCUGCACCGCCCUGACGAUUGUGCACGUGUGCCAGUUGCGAUAGAGAAAUCUUAGAACUGUGCCUAUAGGUACUGCGGAGGAGUAUGUGCUUUGCUCCGUUUGUCCCUAUGUUAUGGCAGCCUGCACUAUGCGAAAACCCGUGUUUAAGUUCUGUUCAAACAGAUGACAUUGGUGAAGACAUAGUCUGUCAUGGGGAAGCAUGCAAAACAACAAAUUAGCAGUAACAAUGUGUCAUUAUUCAUUGGUCUGUGGCUGCCAUCUACCGAAGCCUCCACCCCAUCACUUUACUCCCCUUAGCAGGAACCUUCCAUGUCAGGCCCGCUGGUGAAGCAUAGGUAAACAACAACUUCUGCAAAAGGGAAAGGAUACAAUAAUUCAGUUUUUAUUUUAAAAGGAAAAAAGAAACAUUUUAUCAUGCAUUUGGAGGACUGACCUCCCAAUCACCAGCGCAGUUCUUUGACCGCUAAGCCAUGAAAGAUGAACAGAGAGAAGAUUAUUCCAAAGUAUUUAUCAGCAGUCACGUAGUGCAGCUUUGUUAGGGACAAAUGGGCAAAAGCAUGUUUGCCUCUGUAGUACCUAGGUGCAGUGCCCAGUUUUUCUCGCGCAUGAGCACGUGCGUCAGGGAAAUGCGGCAUCUCUCUCUUGUGUCUGUGCCAUUGACAAACUGGAAACAAGCAGUAUAUGCAGUCGAGCACCUCUACAACGAAAUUACCUUUAUAAUGAAGAAAUAAUUCUGUCCAGAUUCUAUCGUGAGCUGUGCAGUACAAAACCUUUACAACCAAGUGACCUGUGUAGUGAACGAUUUCAAAUUCCCCAAGUGCUUCGUUAUAAAUAUGUUCAACUGUAUAUUGUUGCACUGGUUGGCCUAUAUUGCUCUGGUGAUUGUGAGUGAGCAUGAACGGUACUGAAAUUCACACAGAUGUUGAAUAUGUGUGCCAUUUUAAAGCGAAGCUGUUAAGGGAAGUUCCACAGUGGUUCACGUGGCACAGCAGCAAAGGCCGGCACAUGGCAUUGUGGUUGGUAUGAAAUGUCAAUCAAGCAGCAGCCAGUAGCACUGCCUGAGUAGGAGCCCCGAAAUGGCCACAUGACUCAGACACUAGCAUCGCUGAUUAGCUAUCACUGAAAGAGGAUAUCACGAUCGGAAUAUCGACUAAGUCGAGAGAAAUCUGGUGCCUCCAUGUAUGUGAAUUUUCUAAAGGGUGAUGUGCCGCCUUGGGAAUGCUGAUGGUAGUGUAUGGGUGUGCAAGACUUUGUCUCAAACUUGACUUGGCCUAAAUCAUGGCCAUGACUGCACUAUAAUAAGCCUUUCUUAAAAUAAAGCUUUCAUAAAAUGCUUUCAUGCACCUGUAUUACUUCAUCCAAUAAAGUUUGCUGACCUACAGCAUGUACCCAAGCGAGGAAAAUGAAAACGAACAACAAACUGUUGCACAGCGGGCACGAACAAACCUUGUCAUUUGUCAUCCAACUUAAGCAUCCAGCCGGUAAUAUUUAGGUUUUAUGUAAUUGUACAUCCGAGCACAGGCACCUAUGUACAAGUAAAAAAUGAUUAUUUUAAUGUUAAAAAAUAAAGACUGCUGCUUUCAGGC